AUGCAACUCGCUACUGCCAAAAAACCCAUCACUGACUAUACAGAGUAUUUCUCGCCUCGUGCUGCUGCUCGUCGACCUAGUGCGAUUCGUGAUCUGGCUACUCUGGUUAAUGUUCCUGGCAUGAUCUCGCUUGGUGGUGGUAACCCUCAUCCAUCCACAUUUCCUUUUGCCAGCAUUCAGUACACUCUCAAGAGCGGCGAGGUGAUUGAUAUUCCUACCGAGCAAGUCAAACAAGCUUUACAGUACUCUGCCACUCCUGGUCUUGAAAAGUUUGUUGAAUGGCUAAAGAAGUUUCAAGUCCAUGAGCAUGGUCGUGAUCCUCUUGAAUUUGAUGUGUGCAUUGGCAAUGGAAGUCAAGAUCUGCUUACAAAGGCUAUUGAUGCAUUUGUUACUGAUGGUGGGUCAGUCAUGAUGGAGUGCCCUGCAUAUGUUGGCAUGAUUGCGUAUGUUCGACCUACUGGUGCAAAUAUAGUUGAGAUACCAAGCGAUGCUGAUGGUCUCAAUCCAGAUGCAAUGGAAAAGACUCUUGCAAAUUGGCCAGAUGUCAAAACUCGUCCAAAGAUUCUUUAUACCGUUCCAACAGCUGGAAAUCCUACUGGAGUGACUACCUCGUUGGCUCGCAAAAAGCGUGUGUACGAAGUUGCUCGUAAAUACAAUGUUGUUAUUAUGGAAGAUGAUCCAUACUACUUUUUGCAAUUUGGCGAGAAGCGUGAUCCAAGUUACUUUUCGUUUGAUGUUGAUGGUCGUGUUCUUCGAUUCGACUCGCUUUCCAAAGUUCUCAGUGGAGGUGCGCGUAUUGGAUGGGUUAGCGGUCCUAAGAUGCUUGUUGAACGCAUCAUUCUCCACAGCAUGGGAUCCAAUCUACAUCCAUCAGGUAUCAGUCAGAUCAUGAUGUAUUCCCUUUUGGAAAAAUGGGGAAUUGAAGGGUUUCUCGAACACAAUCGCAAAGUUGCAGCCUUUUACAAAGAAAAAUGCGAUGCAUUUAUGAGCAGUGCUAAACGACAUCUCGAUGGUAUAGCAGAGUUUGUGGCUCCAAAAGCAGGCAUGUUUGUGUGGAUGAAGCUGAUUGGUAUUGAUGAUUCGACUGAUUUGAUCAAGCGCAAAGCACUUGAAAAGAAGGUGUUGCUUGUUCCUGGGAUCGAGUUUCUUCCUAAUGCAAGAGCGACACCCUAUGUACGCGCAUCCUACUCACUUGCAACCAAAGAGGAUAUCGAUCUGGCUUUGCAGAGACUGCGUGAGCUUGUUCUUGAAGCAAGAGAUAAGAAAUAG